UCAAAGGUCAAAAAAAAAUGAAGUUGAAUAAGAUAAAGUUGCAAUAAAACCGACUUUAGCACAGUUAACUGUACUGUCUCAACAGAUACUCCUUACUCUUAAUUCAUUUAGUAUAGUUUUUUAAUUUCUACUUAAAAUACGAAGCAGUGUGAAAGAUGGCAGAUUUAAAAAAAAAAGUGAUUCUAGCAUAUAGCGGUGGUCUAGACACCUCCUGCAUAUUGUUUUGGUUGAGAGAAAAAGGAUUUCAAGUUAUUGCUUACAUGGCGAACAUUGGGCAAGACGAAGAUUUCGACGCAGUUAGAGACAAGGCACUCAAAAUCGGUGCCAUUAAGGUUGUAGUAGAUGAUCUUAAAGAAGUAUUUGUAACUUCUUAUGUAUGGCCUGCCGUGGCUUGCGGCUUGCUCUACGAAGGAAGAUACCUUCUAGGCACUUCCAUAGCACGGCCAUGUAUUAGCCAGGGUUUGAUCAAACUCGCGAGAGCCGAAAACGUCAAUAUCAUAGCGCAUGGAGCAACCGGAAAAGGAAAUGAUCAAGUUCGCUUCGAAUUGAGCUGCUACAGUCUUUGUCCUGAUAUCACGAUUUUAGCUCCAUGGAGGGAACGCGAGUUUUACACGAGAUUUCAAGGAAGAUCGGACUUAUUGGAGUACGCGCGACAAAAUGGAAUACCGAUCUCAGCAACGCCGAAGGAACCAUGGAGCACUGAUGCUAAUCUCGUACACAUUAGUUACGAAUCAGGGAUAUUGGAAAAUCCUGCUACUCCAGCACCGAAAGGACUUUACAAAAUGACCGUUGAUCCGAUAAAUUCCUGUUCAGAUGCAGAAGAGAUCGAAAUUAGUUUUGCAAAAGGAUACCCAAUUAAUGUGAAAAGUCUAAAAGAUAGAAAAAUAUACGAUACUCCUCUAGCGAUAAUAGAGUUUCUUAAUAAGAUCGGAGGUGCGCACGGUAUCGGAAGAAUAGACAUCGUGGAAAAUCGAUACAUCGGAUUAAAGUCUCGAGGAAUUUACGAGUCACCGGGCGCUAAAAUUUUGCACAUCGCGCAUCAAGACUUGGAAGUAUUCACCUUGGACCGUGAAGUUCUAAGAAUUAAAUCGUAUUUAACGGAUAAGAUGUCGGAUUACGUUUAUAAUGGUUUCUGGUUUUCGCCUGAAUGCGAAUUUGUACGGGAAAGCAUCCAACAUUCCCAAAAAUACGUAAAUGGUAUGGUGAGGCUACAACUGUACAAAGGAAAUGUCAUGACGAUCGGUAGAUCGAGCGAAGUCUCGUUGUAUAACGAAAAUUUAGUCUCAAUGGACGUGCAAGGUAAUUUCGAGCCCGCGGAUGCUACUGGAUUUAUUCGCAUGCAAGCUCUAAGACUGCGGGAGUUCCAUCGUUUCAAUAAACAACACAAUAUCUAACAGCAUUAGGAAUUUAUUGCAAAUUUUAUAUUUCUCAAUAAAAGGCGCACUGUACUUUUAAUUCUCUCUCUAAGUGUUAUUUUAUUACUUUAUAAACAUCUGCGCGUGUUUUUGAAACAUAAUUCGAUAUUUUCUUUGCAACUCUCUCUCUCUCUCUUUCUCUCUCUAAAUGAUUUAAAAGUAUAUAUUUAACAUGCGUAGUAUCGCAGCGAGAAGAAUAUAUCUCGUCAUAUGCAUAUGACUAAAUGUAAUGAAUAAACUAGAUCUAGACACAAUUCAUUUUGAAAGAAAUUCGAAUAUGCGCUCUACAGAUCUUUUAGCACAUGCGGUUGUCGUAGGAGAAAGGUGAGGUUUCGCAAUAAAAUACUACCACUACAUUUUUGCUUUCAUAUUUUAGUUAUUAAUAAUUAAAUCUUAAGAUUGUUAGAGCAUAUACUUGUAAGGGCUAUAAUAUAUGUGCUUAUAAUAUACUUUUGAGGAUAUAUUAAUAGUAUACAUAUAUAGUGAUUUUUUUCGUAUUUGCACUCUACUUCGACUUCGCAACUUAAGGAAAAACUGUCAAAUACGAAAUCAUGCGACAGUUGCUUCUUUAGCCGCGAUUUUCUAUACAGGUCUCUUACUUGCGUUCUGUUCUCACACUCUUUGCGUUUGUAAAUAUUAUAUUAUAUAACAUGCAAAAUUACACAAACUAGGAAAGGUAAUUUCUCUAUGCAUGUACAAUGAGUAGUCUGUUUCUUGUAUUCACAAUUUAAUAUUAGUUUAAAUAUUGUAAUAAACAUUGUAUUGUAAUAAACAUGUAUUUCUGCUAUGUAAUAACAAUAUAUAGAUUAUAUAUAUAUGCAUGUGUAUGUGUGUACACACAUACACACACAUAUAUAAUUCAGAUUCUGUCAAAUAAAUUUCAAUAUGCAUACAAAACA